AUGUGCGUGUGUGUUGUGUGUGUUCAUUCACAAUGGGAUUCGCCAUUGUGGUCGAGUUACUCUGCGUGGGAUAAUUCCCUUGAUGUUCGUUGCUUUUGUACAGGACUCAAACUGACCAUUGAUGAUGAAGGCGACAGGAUGAUGAUGAUGGGUCUCGUGGCCGAGUGGUUAGCGUGUCUGUCUACCACUUCCACGACCCGGGUUCGAAUUCUGCAGUUUUUACAGGUUCAUCCGGGUAGCCGACUCCCGGUCAACCCAGCCGUCCAUCCUUUCGAGGUUGGUAAAUGGGUAGACGACGUAAGUUGUCGCAUGUUGGCCGGCGAGAUGGCUCAGUGGUUCGAAUGCGCAAUUGGUAAGUGCAAGCAUGACAGUGAUGACGACGACGAUUGUGGUUAUGAUUAUGAUUAUGACAAUCCUGGUAAUGAUGACUAA